AAAAGUUGUUUUUAAAUAUGAGAUGAGAUUAGGUAAAGAAAAGUAACGAGAUUAAGGCACAACAACAGAUUUAUGGUAGAAGACUAAAGUCAACUAUCAAUACAUCAUUAUACAGUUCGUAGAAGACUACGCGCUGAAUGGAAAAUAUCUCCGCGAAGAUUUGAGCUGUCAGGUAAGAAAAUUCUGCGUAGCCAUCAGCACAUUUGAUUGGAUAGUAUUUCUAAGGAUUAAUCAGUUUGCUUCUCAAACACUGAAGAACUUGUUCACAUAUCUGUUGUAGAAUCGAAAUUCAGGUGAUUUUUUCUCUUUCAGAUUUAUGGUUCUGAUUAGAUCUUUGUUUGUAGCACUUCAAGGCUCUUAAGAUUACUGUGCUUUUAAGUUAUAUACACAGUCCCGAACCUCGACCCAAUUCAAGAUUAUCUUCUUGAAUGGGUGAGGAUGAGGGAAUGGUUUAUGAUGCGAAGAACACAGGGAGUUCCGAUAAGUCCAACCCAAAAUUAACUUUAUUGCCUCUCAUUGCUCUGAUUUUCUAUGAAGUUUCUGGUGGUCCGUUUGGUGUGGAAGAUUCUGUUAGGGCAGGGGGUGGCCCCCUUUUAUCAUUGCUCGGAUUCUUAAUAUUCCCUUUAAUUUGGAGUGUCCCAGAAGCUCUAGUCACAGCUGAGCUAGCUACAAGCUUCCCGGAAAAUGGCGGUUAUGUUAUUUGGAUAUCAUCAGCUUUCGGCCCUUUUUGGGGAUUCCAGGAAGGGUUUUGGAAAUGGUUUAGUGGGGUUAUGGAUAAUGCUCUUUAUCCAGUACUGUUUUUGGAUUACUUGAAGCAUUCAAUUCCCAUCUUUAACUUGUUGGUUGCUCGAAUUCCUGCUCUUUUAGGACUUACAGUUUCUCUUACCUACCUCAACUACAGAGGCCUUCAUAUUGUUGGGUUUUCUGCUGUUUUGUUAGCAAGUUUCUCCCUUUUUCCCUUCAUUGUCAUGGGCAUUCUUUCAGUACCUCGAAUUAGGCCUCAAAGAUGGUUUGCUGUCGAUUUUGGAAAAGUGGAUUGGAGAGGAUACUUCAAUAGUUUGUUUUGGAAUCUAAAUUAUUGGGAUAAGGCGAGUACCGUGGCUGGAGAAGUUGAGGAUCCCAGAAAGACAUUUCCUAAAGCACUUUAUGGAGCUGUUGCUUUAGUUGUCUGUGCAUAUUUGAUUCCUCUGCUUUCUGGUACUGGAGCUGUAAAAACAGAUCCAAGUGAAUGGAGUGAUGGAUAUUUUGCGGAAGUUGGAAUGUUAAUUGGUGGUGCUUGGCUGAAGUGGUGGAUUCAAGCUGCCUCUGCAAUGUCCAACUUGGGAUUGUUUGAAGCUGAGAUGAGUAGUGAUGCUUUCCAACUUCUUGGCAUGAGUGAGAUUGGAAUGUUACCAUCUGUAUUCAGUCUAAGGUCAAAAUAUGGGACACCCACUGUAAGCAUCUUGUGUUCUGCAACUGGUGUUAUCUUCCUGUCAUGGAUGAGUUUCCAGGAGAUCAUCGAAUUCCUCAACUUUCUAUAUUCCGCAGGAAUGCUUCUUGAAUUUGCAGCCUUCAUAAGACUGAGGAUAAAGAAACCAGAUCUUCACAGGCCUUACAAAGUUCCCCUUGAAACUUUUGGUGCAACAAUGCUUUGUAUACCUCCUGCCUUCUUGCUUGUUCUUGUUAUGUGCCUCGCGUCUCUGAAGACGUAUCUAGUCAGUGGGACAGUUAUUAUUUUUGGUUUUCUGUUGUACCCUGCCUUAGUUCAUAUGAAAAAUGAAAGGUGGUUUCAGUUCAAAACAGCUGGAGAACCAUCUGGACGUUUUAAGAAUGAUCUUGAAGACCAACCAGUUGCAUCAGAAGAACCGGAGGAAAUCAAUGAUGAAGCAUCCACCAGUCUUCUAUCUGAGCUGCCAUCCUCAAAGAAAGACAAAGGGACUCAAAUUUCAUCUGGAGCGACAACCCUGGAUUGAAAACAUUCAUUACUGUCGAAGUUGAGUGAUGCUGUGAAGAAAUUUGUACCCAUAAUAAAUUAGCUUGUAAUCUCUUUGUAAAUUGAUUAUACCACUGAUCUCUUCUCUUAAUAGAAAUUUAGAUUGAAAUUGUGCACAGGAGCCUUUUUAAGCUGUACCACUUUACAUUACAAAAUGUUUCAGUGAUAUAAAUAGGAGUAUUUGUCAAAGAGUAAAUUACAAAUUUAGGUUUCUGAAGUAUGAAAUGUUUCGUGUACAGCUGAUAUUGAUACCUCUCUCCCCAUUAAAAUUGAAAACUAUGCAUAAUAAACAUCAAAUAAUUCUUUUGCUAUAAUAAUAGUAAAGAGGAUGACAAUAAC